CACACUCAAGUUGUGUGUUCAUUUCUUUAUAUGUCGUCCACUCGCUCGGUUGGGUAUAGGUUGGUAGAGAAUGAACUAGUGUGGCAAAAAACUAGCUUGUGUACCGGUAUAAUAUGUGUGUACCCGUAUAAUAUUUUGACUUGAAUUUUUUUCCUCCAGAAUUACCGACUGGGAGCAGACGCAACUGUUCAACAAGGCGGCGGCGACAGACUGCGAUUCAGCGACAUGGACGAGAUCAUCACCUCGCUGGGUGUGGGUCCAGCAACAUACCUGUUAUUCGCAGUCGCGUCCUUGGGACCAAUGUCGGAGGUGGUUAAUCUCAUUGGAUCCCAGUUCAUAUCUCCGCCAGUUCAGUUUACCUGUCUCGACCGCCAUCAAUCGGACGUCAUUGUAACCAACACUUCGGAAUGCAUCGUGGUAUCGGCAGGAGGAGAGUCAAACGAAACACGAAGCUGCAAACUUUAUCAAUUUUCACAUGAAAUUCAUCACUUCACCCUGACAGAAGAGUUUGAGUUGGUGUGUUCGGAAGCCUACGUCCGAGAACUCUUUCAAAUGCUGUUCACAAUUGGCUGCAUGGUGGGCUGUCCUGUCGGAGGGCUGCUGGCCGACAAGCUCGGUCGACAACCCACCGUGUGGUACGGCUCGGCACUGGUGACAUUUUUCACCACACUCCUAGUCACUAUACCGAACAUGACAAGCAUCCUAGUCUGCCGAUUCUUCAUCGGUUUAUCCACAAUGUUUAUAAUUUCUCCUGUAUACACCAUAGGUUUCGAAUUCUGCCCGACGCCCUUGCGGUCGGCGUUCGGCGUAUGCGUGGCUUUGCCAUACGCCGUAAUGCUGAGCCUGUUUGCCGGACUGGCUUAUGCAUGUCCGGACUGGCGGAUGCUACAGCUCGCUGGUUCCUUCCCUCUCGCAUUACUGCUUCUUUUAAGUAAUCCUUUUUUAGUGAAAGAAUCUCCACGUUGGCUUGUUACUCGGGGACGGCUUAAAGAAGCCGAAGCAUCGCUGCUCCGAGUCGCGAAGUGGAAUAAAACGACGUACAACUUGCCAGACAAUUUGAUGGGCGUCCUGGAAGGCAUUUAUGCGAAAGAAUGCGAGGAGAAACCAUCUUCUACGCUCCUAUCCCGCUUCAAGUCUCUGGUGUCGUCGCCGUACCUGCGCAGAGUGACCGGCAUUCUGGUGCCUGUGUGGCUGAUGCAGAGUUGCCUGUACAUCAGCAUACCGCUCAGCGCUGACCAAUUCGCCUCACCUUAUGUGGCUAUGGCCGUGUUGGGUGUUGCGGAAAUCCCUGCCUAUACGGUCACGGCUCCCAUCACUGCGAGGCUGGGCAGGAAAAAGUUCCUCAUAGGAGGACUUCUUCUCACAUGUGCUCUGCAAAUCCUCGUCGUGGUUCUCACUGUCAUAGGAUACCAAAAUUAUUGGCUGAACAUUGCGCUCAGCGCAUCCGGGUACACGAUGAUCUGCAGCGUUUUUCAGGUGAAUUUGAUGUUCUGUAGCGAGUUAUUCCCCACAUCCAUUCGAUCUUUUGGCACCAGCCUGGCUUUUUUCAUGACGAGCGCUGGCUUCAACAUCCUCCCUUUGCUGAAGAUUUUACUGCCUGCAGGCCUAUCAUGGCUGCCUCUGACCAUCUACGCCAUUCUCGCCGGUCUGGCAGCCUUCCUGAUAUUGCUGCUGCCAGAGACCAACAACAAGCCGCUGCUGCAGACGCUUGGCUCGGAAAAAAAUAUCACGAGACCUCAUAUCCAGUCAUCCCGAUCCAGUGACUGGCCGGCUUAACUUUACUUGUUUACUUCACACAUUCGUCACCCUGUAUUCUAACGAAACCCAUGCUAUACGGGCCUUCAACCAUUAGAACAAUUUACAGUUAGAAUCAGCUGGAACAUCCUGCAGACGAAACGGAUCAUUUCAAACUUUUGAAAGGUACUUUAAUCAUCAUCUCAAGAAAACUCUGAACAAACUUAAAUGUCUUUUAAAGCUUUGUUGGUUAAACUUAAAAUAAAAUUUCCCAGGAUUAUAAUUUCUUUACCUUAGCUUCCUGGAAUGUGUGAAAGCAUC